GCCUGGACAACGUUCACUUUCAAUAUUCGACACAAGCACCUGACGCAAAAAUAAAUUCUAGAGUGAGUUUGGAGUUAAGGAAUAUAACAAAAUUUUACGCAUCAGCGGAUCUGCUUAUCCGUAAAAAGCGUGUAAUCGAUAAAACACAGAAAGGAGAAUUUCCAAAUGUGCUUAGCAGAUUUCCCUAUAUUGUCAACAUUUUAAGAUAUGGUGUUAGUCAUUGUGCCGGAAUUAUAUUAGAAUCUGAUAUCAUUUUAUCUGCGGAGACCUGUAUUUCGUCACCGAUGAAUAAUGAAUUCUCCAUUUUAUCUGGUUCAUCAAAGAUAAAUAAUGGAACUCAUCAUAAUAUUCGCCUAGAUACUAUACUUAUCUCAAGAACAGGUUCAGUGAUGUUUAAAAUUGUGCCACCAAUUCAUAUUCGCCAAGCUCAUUGUAAUAAGAAAAUAGAACUGUUUACGGGUGUUUUACCUCCAUUAGCGAAUGCUUGGUUUGGAGGCUGGGGAUGUACCAAAAUACAAGUAGGACUUGGGAUUCCACCUACAUUUCCUAAAGAGUUAGUGAUAACCCAUCUUCCCAUAAUUUCCAAUCAGGAGUGCGCGCUGAAACAUGGACACAAUAUUAACGAUCCGAGAUAUAUUUGUACUCUUGAUACAAGUAAAAGGAGGGCCACUUCUCUGGGUGAUGAGGGUGGUCCCUUAGUUUUCCAAAAUCACCUUAUCGGUGUCCUACUUUAUCAUACGUUGGAAACUGGGAUUCAUCCAGAUGUGUUCAUUAACCUUUUGGAUAACAACGAACAUCAGUGGAACACAAACGCUGAAGCGUUGAAAAUUGAAGAAAAAAAAUUACACGUGCCUCCCUUGAGUGAAUUACAAACUGUUUUCCGUACAGAGCUUUUAAAAAACUUUGCUGAAGUUACAGUCGAAAUCGUUGAAUCUCCAGACUUAACUCAAUCACCUUACAAUCUAGCAGCUACUGGACUGGGAGGUAAUCCAAUACUUCUAGACGUCGGUGGAACUGCCCUGUACGAUCCCCAAAUAGAGAAACAAAAAUUAUUCGACCUUAAAAAUAUCGUCCAGAAUUUGAACCGUACACUGGGAUCAUAUGUAAUGGGUGCUGCUGGUGGACCCUGGAUUUUUCUUAAAAAAGAUUGCGAUGUAGCAGUUAACAUAGUUCUGAAUAAACCACAAUCCACCAGAAGCUCCUAUAUCAUAUCACUCGACAAAACUGUCGGAAAAAUUAUCUGUCAAGUCCUGCCUUUUCAUGAGACUCGAUUUGCAGUACAAGGAAGUUUAUUUCUAAGCGAUGGAAGAAGGGGAGAGGUCAUAAAAGUUUGUGCUGAGAAUCGAAUAGGCGAAGAUAGUUUCAUUGCUAGUAUGAGAAGGAGCAUUACAAAUUACUAUGGAGACGAGAAACUUGUUGGUAUUGGUGGAGUCUUUGUGUUACAAAAAGGAAAGGCAAAUGGAACUUUUGUGAACGUACUAGAGGAACCUAUACCUAAGGAUAGCAAUUUGACACGGGUCCCCCUUUUUUACGUUGAUGAAGUUUCUGCUAAGGCGACUGGAGUCGGUACUUUUGUUUCUGCCAGAUCUGAACUUGAACUUACACCAAAUCACUUCCAUUUGUUUUCUAGACAUCUCGAUGGUGGACAUUAUGCUAGUGACACCACCCCUGCAAUUGUAAAAUAUGAAGCAUAUUUCCUACCUGCAGACUUUCUGAUGAGAGUAGAUCAAGCUCCUGCAGUGCCGAAAUUGAUUGAACUUGAUCAUUUAUUGAAUUGACUUAGUGAUAAAAUUUCUUACACUGAUUCAUGUACAAUAUUCAGCUUUUCACUGUCCUAUAUGUUUCUAUUACGAGUUUUUGUAAGUAUAAUUAAAGUAAUUGGUUUUUAAUACUUAGAGAAUAGAUGCAGCAAUGUCCGCAUUGAUUGUUAUUAAUUAUUGAUUUUGGGUGUGCUUCAUACGAGUUAAUGGUUCAGUGACACCUGUGCACCUUUCAAUGACAGUACUCUUCACCUUUCACUGACAGGAAAAUGGAAAGAGCAUCACGUGAAUGGGGAAAGGGAGUCUUAAAAGCUGUUAGAAAACGUAUCAAAUAUUUUCUAAGUAGCCUUCGAAAAAUGUAGUAUUUUUAACACAACUGAUAUUAAAGGAAGCAUUCAGUGAAAAAUUGAUGAUUUUAUAAAUUUCAUAAACAGGUAAUAAAAUCUGUUAAAAAAU